CGGUAAAAACACUAUAAAAAUACCGUGCAAUCAACUCUGCACGUAGUCUCAUUUUAAAUGUGUACCAUGUUGAUGCUUUUGGCAGUUACACUUCUUGGAGUUGGUGUAUUCGGGGAGAAUUGCGAUAAAAAAGGUGUACUCGUAUAUGAAGACAUGGCAUGUACUCCUUCGUACGCUGAAGAUAGUAAUUGUCCCGUUAAAUACAAUUGUGUGGGAAUAGGAAACGAAACGAACUGUGUAUACAAGGGUGAAAUUGUAACACAGGGUACCACUGCCAAUAGUUCUGAUGCCCCCUUAUGUUUAUGGGGUUGUUAUUGUACUGGUGAUAGGUUUAGCUGUCCUCAAAUCAGUUGUCGACCAGAGCUCUACAAUUACAAACCAACAAAACCUGGGUGUUAUUUAGAAGGAAGUUUGGAUAAAUGUUGUCAUUACAAAGAAAGAUGUCCACCAUUUGAUGAGUCCAUAAAAUGUGUGAUCGAUGGUAAAACAUAUAGAGACCAACAAGACUUCUAUCCAAACGACGCUUGCGUCAACUGCAUUUGUAGAAAAGGAUGGAGGGGAAAAUACGAAGCUCCGUUUUGCCAACGCAAAAGGUGUGGGGUUCAACUCAGAAAUCAGGAACAAGUACAAAAAUCCUGUGCUCCUGCUUAUAUGAAGCGAUACUUUACUCCUGAUAAUACAUUAUGUUGUCCCAAUCAAUGGAUUUGUCCUAAAGGAACUGAAGUGGUUGAAGGAAAUGGCAAAAAUGGAGAGAUUUGCAAUUUUGGAGACAAAAAAUUGAAGAUUGGGCAAUGGAUAAAUACAAAUAUUGGGGAUGGGAAAUGGGCCAUGAAGUUCAAGUGCGAAUGUUUGAUACCUCCUUUAUUAGCUUGUAUUGAACAAUAGUAAGACUGUUUAUUAACUCUUAAUAAAUGCAUUGAUAUUAA